CUCACAAGCCCUAGUCGCAACUCGAAUCAUCACGGGACAAGAUCACGACCUCGGUGAGCCUGCCAGCGGGGAAGAUGAUCUUGUCGGUCUGAGGAAUUACCGUCCACGGGAAAUGUGGACCUGAUAUCAAUGAUGGACGACCCACGUCUCGUGCGACACGGGGACGCACCUGCUCUCAGCAACGACCCGGGACUUGAGAGGCAGAACGACCCACCCCCAGUGUGUACAAGGGGCACAAGUUCUAUCCGAAGCAGCUGUACAUCCUCGGAACGACGACAAUGUUCAGAAGCAUUCUCAGACCUGGCUGAAGGAACAGACGAUUCGCCCCCCGCUCGGCCCUCAAGCUUUGCCGCCGCUGCCCGCCCCAUCGACCCAGACCUCGCAAAGGAGAAGCUGUCGGCCUCACAAGACAAAGUCAACAGCACCAUGGACAACCCGAACUUCGCAGCCCUGGAGAAACGAAAGGUCCAGAGACUGUUCGAAAGCGGUGCUCCCUUCUUCAGCAAGACGGCUAUGGAAGAUCUCCAACGGCAGAUCGAGGCGGCCAAGAAGGAGGCAUCGACAGAUGGCCAGGAACUUAAUUACUUCGGCUUCUUGUCCGUCACUGGGCUGCCAGUCCGGCGCGCGAUUAUGAAUGGACAUUCAGAGGGUAUGCGGCUCUUUGGAGAACCGGAACGGAGAGUUGAACCAUGCAUAUUAUACACUUCUUACCAAGCCUUGCUACACAGCAGAUACUACUCCGAUCAGCCCCCCUGUGCUCUACAAAUAUGCUACAAGAACCAGAUCGAAGUGCAGCAACCAAGUCCUCGUAGCUUUGUCGCCGCCUGGGAUGCACUGGCAUUGCAUAGGCAACGACGCAAAUUACAACACAGCAGCGGAUACACAAACAUGAGAGCUACGCUUUUCAGGUUGGUGAGAUUUCCCGUCGACCAAAUCUUCGCAUUCGCGUGCGGGUCAUUGUCGGGUAGCGACAACGAACAGCGACGGCGAUCCGCAGCACAACACGCCUUCAUAGUGUCUCUAAGACAGGACCUCAUGGGAAAGUUCGGGAAAACGAUCCAGUGUUUCGCCCAGGAUCCCGCAUACACCAGAGCCGACAAGAAUCUCCUAGCAGUGGAAAGCAUCACGGUUGUCAACGAUCCUCAGGGUUUCCUCGGCGUGACCGAUAACUGUGCCGUGGUUUCCUUCUGCCCCAACGUGCCCGUCAGACAGAUCAUCACCGACCUCGCCCGACCGUCAGUUCUGGUCUGGGACACGGUAACCGACGAGGACCACACAAUGCUCCGCUGGGCAAGGGGCCGUCGAAGGCAACCACCCAAGGCAGACAUCAGUGGAAGGCAGCCGCCCAAGGCACAGGUCAGCGCCGAAGAGCUCGAGGCGUGCGAGACAGAUCCUCCCUCGUCGCGGGUGCGGGACAUGAUAGCGAAAGAGUACAGGGAGAUUGGGAAAUUGGAUCCCGACUUGUUCGGUGAGUCCAGCGUUUAUGUCCGGGAUUUGGUAAACGGCGGAGGCCCUUUUCCCAGGGAUACCUCGACACAGAUACAAUCACGGACCACGGGACAUUUUGAUUCCCUUCCUGAAAUCUCCGCGGGGCUUGAGAUGUUUCAGAGGGAUUCUGAUUCUGGGUUCGAGUCUAGUUCGUAA